CCACUCAGGGGGGCGAUGCUCCUCCUCUUCCUCCUCCUUUGCCUCUGCCCGCUCCUCCUCCCCCCGCUCCAUCCCCCGAGCCGGGAGCUCGAGCAGGAUUUCUCCUUCCCAAAGCUUGGCCAGAUGAAGGAGGCUGUGAGGAAGAGGAAGAUGCCACGGGCCCCCCGGGCAGGCCCCGAGCUGAGGACGGAGGGCACAGAGGACAAAUCCCCCCGGCAGACCCUGGUGGGAGAGGCCGUUUUGAAGGGCUCCACGGCACAGGAAGGCAGCGGGGAGGAAAAGGGCAGGAGAUCCCUCAGGAGGAGGGGCUCCAAAGCCAGCCCACGGUGCUCUGUGGAGGAAAGACUCAGCCUGUGCCAGGAAGGUGGCCGCAGCUUGAGCCGGAGCUGUGAGCUGGUGGUCCCUGAGCAGCCUCCCAGCAGGGAGAAGCCCUUCAGGUGCUUGGAAUGUGGGAAGAGCUUCAGCAGCAGCUCCAAGCUCCUCGCCCACCAGCGUGUCCACACUGGGGAACGGCCCUACGAGUGUGAGGAAUGUGGGAAGACCUUCCUCUAUAGCUCCCACCUCCUCACCCACUGCCGGGUGCACACGGGGGAACGACCCUACAAGUGCUUGGAAUGCGGGAAGGGCUUCAGCGUCAGCUCCCGCCUGAUCCGCCACCAGCAGAUCCACACUGGGGAACAGGGGCCUCGGCCCUACAAAUGUGGGGAAUGCAAGAAAAGCUUCACAUACAAUUCUGACCUCGUCACCCACCAGCGCACGCACACGGGGGAGAAGCCCUACGAGUGUGGGGAGUGUGGGAAGAGGUCUCGGAGUAGCUCAGAUCUCCUCAGGCACCAGCGGACACACACGGAUGAGAGGCCCUUCCGCUGCACCGACUGUGGGAAGGGCUUCAAACAGAAGUGCACCCUCAUCACCCACCGGCGCAUCCACAGCGGGGAGAGGCCCUACAAGUGUGCGGAGUGUGGGAAGAGCUUCACCCACAGCUCUGACUUGACCAGACACCAACGGACCCACCAGUAAGGGAAGCCCUACGAGUGCCUCGACUGCGGGAAGAGCUUCAUCUGCUGCUCCAACUCCAUCACCUGUCGGAGGACUCACCUUGGGAACAGGCUUGGUGACCCACAUUCCCAGUGACCCACCUUGGGAACAGGCUUGGUGACCCACAUUCCCAGUGACCCACACUGGGAACAGGCUUGGUGACCCACAUUCCCAGUGACCCACCUUGGGAACAGGCUUGGUGACCCACAUUCCCAGUGACCCACGUUGGGAAGACCCCUGGCUGGUGGACUGGCAGGAUAGUCCCAGCCUGGCCAGACCCAAGGUCCAAUCAAGCUCAUAAGCAAGCUGUCACACAAGAUCAACUGCUGGAGCCAGGCUGUUGUCUCGGUGUUAACUCUGCUCAAACCAUCCUGGUUGGUCCAGCGUUGAACACACACCCUGCUGGUUGAAGUCUGAGUUGACAGAUAAGCUGAGAGCUGGCCUGGAAAGGCGGGCCUGGCACUCAAUCACU